AUGGAAGCUUUAGAGACAAAAUCUUCAUCUGGUUAUGGUAAGCCUCCAUGGGUGUUUAGAGGAAGUGCUUUGUAUCAACUCCAUCUUGUGAAAGCUGAGAAAGCAAGAGCAUGUAUACCAAAAGAAUUCAAAUUGGUUGAAGCUUUUGGAUACACUCUUGGUGGAUUUUUUCUAGCUAGUUAUGAGGAUAGUCCAGUCGGUGUCUUUGAUGAGCUUGUGGUGAUUGCAGGACUUGUUUGGAACCGCCCAACAUCUUGCGCUUGGGCCACAAAGGUGUACGUCAACAACAAUGAGGCUUGUUCUCACGGAAGAAAGGAUGUGGGACUUCCAAGUCAAGUGGCUACAUUUUCUAAGACAAUUACAGCAGUCUCAAGACAAUCCAAGAGCAGGAGUGGAUUUUUAAAUACGAUUCAAUUUGGUUCUGCAAUAUGCAAUUCUAAUGAUCAACAGAAUGUGCAAGUAACCCAAAUCAAAUCUCUUGAUGCAGCAGAUACUUGUAAUAUAAGUCUCACAAGUCCUGCAGUGUCUGCUCUGAAGUUCGACCGUUGGAUGGGACCGACAAUUAAAAUGUCACUUCCAAGUUUUAGUGGUGGUACCGAGUUUAAUCCAAACCUCCUUAAGUACUCUUGCCAGAUCGAAUGCAGGGUGCAACCAGUGAAGCCUUUGAAGGUUACAAGAGAAUUUUCUUUAACAAAUGUUGAUGACAAAGAACAACAAUCUUUACAAGACUAUGGAGGAGGAAGUAGCCAUAAAAAUGAAAUACAGAAUUUAAGCAGCUAUGUGAUGUUAUCAAAACCUAUAUUAGCACUUAGGUUUAAUCAAAUGAGAAUGCAGGUAGAAACUCCUAUGGUACUCUACCAAUGCUCAAAUUCUUUAGAAACCUCUAAUGUUAGUUCUGUUUCAUAA